AUGGCGGACUCGGUGGCCCAGACCGUUCAUGGCUAUGAUCACGACAACUUGCGCCAUGUGGUUAUUACUUCGACCUGCUUUGCCUUCAUAUUGUCUACAACAUCAGUCGGGUUCCGGAUUAUCUCUCGAAUGAUUAAUGGAAGUGGUCUCUUUCUAGAUGACUGGCUGAUUAUCUUUGCGUUGAUCUUCGAAUAUGGUAUAUCGAUAGCAGGAGUUGUGUUACUCUAUAAUGGACUUGGAACCCAUAUUGUCGAGCUCUCCCCUGAACAGAUUGUUGUUUACCUGAAGACACUGUUUACAGGCUCGAUCCUCUACACUGGCUGCAUUGCGUGCAUCAAACUAUCCAUCCUGAUGCUCUAUCGCAGACUCUUCCCUGUCAAGACCAUGAAGUUCGCCGUCAAUCUUGUAUCUUUGAUUGUAAUUCUAUGGGCUGCAUGUGGUAUUCUCGCAGGCUGUUUCACUUGCAUCCCAACCGAGAAGCUGUGGCACCCCAUGGUUGAAGGUGGUUGUAUGGAUCUCUCAAGAUUCUAUUACGGCCUUCAGGUUCCCAACAUCGCGACAGACGCAAUAAUCCUCCUGAUGCCCAUGCACAUUGUAUGGAAGCUUCCCAUCUCUAAGACACAGAAGCUGUGUCUUUCCGGGAUUUUCAUCUUGGGAUUGCUGACUUUAAUAUUCGACAUCAUUCGCUUGGUCGUCCUGAUAGAGCUUUCCACUCAAGGCGAGGACAUUACAUACAACCAAGUCCCAGCAAGUGUGUGGACGUGCAUUGAGCCCGCUGUCGGAAUUGUCGCAGCCUGUCUCUCAAAUAUGCGGCCUUUGUUCAAAGUCAUACACGCUAAAGUCUUCUCUGGGCUUUCUAGCAAAUCUGCCGCCAACACGAGCAAUGCUAGCCACUCACAGAUCAAAGAGAAGUGUAGCUGGCGACGACAGAUGCCUAGUUCCACUGGUCAAGAGGGCGGUAUUCAAAAUCCCAAUGGUGAUUUGGAGCAGUCGCCAACUCAUAACUAUUCUGCUGUGUAA